AUGUGGUGGUUUAUAUUUAUUUGUGUUAUAAACGUUAAAACAUUUGGAGUUUUAGCGUCGAAUAGCAGUGUCAAGGCUUCUGAAUCCAUAUGUUCGCUCAAGCAGUUCCAAUGCACCAAUGGCAAGUGCAUACCAAGAAUGUGGGUGUGCGACCUGGAACGGGACUGCGAAGACAAUUCGGAUGAAGAAAUUGAAGAAUGCAAAAAAGGUCAGUGA